AUUUGGACCAAUAUCAAGCCCAAUCAAAAACAAUGAAAAGAGAGAGAGAGAGAGAGAGAGAGAGAGAGAGAGAGAGAGAGAGAGAGAGAGAGAGAGAGAGGAGAGAGAUUGAGAGUCAGUUGCUCCGUCAGCGCGAAGAAAUCAGCAGUGCAAGAAAAAAGCAAGAAGUGACCCUUCCCCUUAAAACGAUUUACCGAGAUAGGCAAAGGCAACAGGUUAAUCCAGGAUCCAGCGAUGAAAAGGAAGCCCGGGGUGGAUUGAGUUUUAUUGGUGGCCAUCAUGAUCGGUAACCCAAUAGAAAAUUAUGCAAAAAAUAUAGACAAAAUGACGACACAGAAACACAUUGGCGUCAGUUGAGCACCAUCACCACCACCACCUCCCGUUUGUAGGAUUCUCUGGAUAGUGUGUUGUUUUUCUUUUUUAUUUUAUUUUCUAUUUGUUUCAAUCCCGAACGUUAUCAUUCGCUCGGGGGGCCAAGGCGGGGUGGAGUGGGAGCGUACAUACCAUUAAGCUGAUUUUGGUCGUUUUGACACGUUGUGCAGCAACGUAAUGUACUGUAUACUGUGGCGAUGUUUAAGUGUACAGUAGUAGGGGCGGGGAAAUACAGACACUUCCUCUCUCUUCCUCCCCCCCCCUCCCCUUCUCGGGGUCCAGGUUAACCUUUUGCUGGCUAGUAGCGCAGUUCAAAACUCCCAGGCUAUGUGGUCCGUUUUGCUGUGUAAAUGGCAGUAGAAAGAACAAGUCCAAUAGCAGGGGCAGGCGAAAGCGGCGGAAGAUAGCUGAGUUUUCCCCGAUGUUAGUGCAUGGGCAUUCCUCUAUUUAUGUGGAGGAUUGCAACUAUAUUGUAUAAAGCGGCUAAUAAAACUAAUCAAGUCAGAAGAUAAGUGACGUGCUCACACCCCGUCGAAGGUAGUGUUUGAAUGCAUAUCCAUCUGCUGCGGUGUCGAGGAACGUGGUUGUUUGUUGUUGCGGUUGCGACCCUCACGCCUGCUGCUGGGCUUGAAAAAGGGCUCUUUUCCGGGGCCCCGAGGGCCAUCGACUGGACUCGUAGAUUCUCUUGGUGGUGCGUUGUUCUGCUAGCAGUCGUAGUAGCAGUAGCGAACGAGUGAUCGAUCGAGCCUUCCUCAUUAGCGGCCAGUUUUGUUGUCCUUUCUUUAUAACUAUCUUUCCUUGUCUUAACAUUAUUAACUCGGGUUUGUUGCUGGACAAGGAUAAUCCCCGCUUGGUCGCUUGGCCGCUUGAUUCUGCCGCAUAGGCCCUGUUUUCAACGUGUGCAGACUAUGGUUGCGGCAGAGAUCAGGCGGGGUUGUGCGGGUUCUCCGAAAAGUGUAUACAUAUUUUUGGGACCCCAUGAUGAUGCUCUCGCUUAGCUGUGCUGCGGAAGCGUUCGGCCAUAAGGCUGGCAGGGGCAAAGCGAGGCGGAACCCACAAGAAAAUAAUAGAAAGAUGUAAGUUUAAUUAUUUGGUCAUUUAUUUUAAUAAGAACAAACAGAGGGGACCCAAGAGGUAGUGCGAGUUGGUGCACCAUGCUCGGUGCCGGACUAGUACUCGUAAAGGACGUCUGAAUUACAUCUUGGUAGUAAAUAAACGUAUAAUUUAUACUAAAUAAAAACCAAUUAAAGGUAUAUUAUGUAAAGAAAUUAUAUAUUCACACACUAACACACAUACACACGCAUAUAAUAAGGAUAAUCCAAAAUCACAAAAGAGGACCCCUUGCCUGGUGCGCGAGAACUCGUUUGUGGUGUGGUAAGAGUUUGCGAAAGUAAAGUAGAUUAAAUGGGCAUUGGUGAAGAGAAGCUAGGUUAAAAGAAUGUGGAAAGAUAUUUAGUUUUCCCCCUCCUCCCAUGGAAACAAUCCAAUGUACAUUCACUUAAGACUCUUUGGUAUCCGAAUUCCAUUGGAUGUUGAUGCUCCAAUGCAGUAGUAUAUGCACCGAGUUAAAAGUGUGCGCGACGAGAUGAGUUAAGGUUACAAGAAAGGCUAGAAAACUAGUUAUUAAGUAAGGAUGAUGUUGGAAGAGGUCGGUUGACGUUCUUAUCUCACCAUUUGACUGUUCACUAAUCCUCUGGCAGAAGACGCAAACAUCUAACACAGAGUGGGGCAGCGAGAAGAUAGAUAAAGAGAGAGAGAGAAAAGGGGAGAAAAGAGGAAAUUCAAAAUCCUAAAAAGAAACGAAAAAGAAUUGCGACUGAAUUAGUAUCUCAUUUAACAUAUUCAAGGUAAACGUCGUCUACUAAGGUCACUAGGGUCUAGGGUCUUAAUCAAAGAAUCAUCAGCCAAUUGGCUGGCAAUGGUACCUUUGAUUAAUUCCAUUCAACCACAAUCGCAUGCGUGCACGAAACAAACAUAUUAACAGUUUGCAAUGUUACACCCAGUUCUUUGGAAUUCUUUCGCAAAUUGUCAAAAUACUCCGUUAAAAUACACAAGGCGUAAAGCGCAAAUCGUCAGAGAACACCAAUCAAUCAGCAGAAGCACAGUUAGUAACAAAUAAGGAAAAAAAAAGGAAAUCUAUAGUACUACUGCUGUAGUUGGAAAAGCACACUCAACACACUUCUCUUUUCUAUCCUUCUCUUUCUCUCUCGCUCUCUGUCGAGCUAACUUACGAGAAAUAGUACUGUCGCAGCAACAAUGGUGAGGUGGAAGCAGUAAAAGUGCAUUGUAAGGACGAAAAAAAGUAAAAAAAAAGAUGAUAAGAAAAGCAAAGUCGAAAAAAUCAGAAAAGACGAAGAAAGAGAAUUGUAAGUAAAUAACUCUAUUACUAUAAAUACUAUAUAUACAAAUAUAAAUAUAACUAUAAACAAUUAUAUAUACACACAUAGAAGGUUAAACUCGUGCACAGGAUAUGAAUAAUACGAUCAUAUGACGAUCACCGGUGGGCGAAGGACGAAGAACGCGUAUAUGUGAGUGAAUCUGUGUGAUCGAGUGUAUGCGUGCGUUUAUGUGUGUAUGUGUAGCAGUGUGAAUGCGUAUGUGUGCUUGGGUAGGAAGAUUAACCGGGAAGUUGCUAAGCGCAUCAGCGCCGUUCGAAGCGAGAUUAGUAAACUGAUUCUUUUGUUUCUCAAACGUACCGUCACAAACCUGUGGUUACUGUGUCCAACCAUGAUCGUCGCCAUAGUUGAUGUUUUGUGAUCGCCAGGAUUACGCGCUUCACUCAAUCCAUGCGAUAUCCGCAUGCUUGGUUGUUAUGCAGCAUAAUACACUAUUUGUGUACCGAUAACAACAACGUUGACAUGCAACAGUUAACUGAUCCAUCGUAUCCACCCCUAGAACCACACUAGAACGCAAGUCAUUUGUGAUUCUUAUAGUGGUGGAAAAUUUGGAUUUGUAGCGGGGAGUUAUUAGUAUAUUAUUAUUAUUAAUAUUAUUAUUCUUAUUAUUAUUAAUAUUAAUUUUGGUUUUGUACUACGGAACGCGCGCAUACAGCUCUAGUUGCAAACUCACUCUACCUAGACAAAACCAGAUAUCGGGUUCGGCUGCUGCAGUGCGUUGAUCUCGAUCGUAAAAGAUUGAAAAUAUACGUAUAUGUUUUUAUAUUAUUUA